AUGCUCUCCCGUGCCGCCGCUCGUACGACCACUUCGCUGGUCUCCCGCCGAGGCUUCCAUGCCACCCGGGCUCGCAUGUCCUCCCCUUACCACUACCCCGAGGGUCCCUACACCAACAUUCCCUUCAACCCUCGCAGCAAGUGGUUCGGCGCUGGUUACUGGGCCUUCAUGGCCACUGGUUUUCUUGCCCCCUUCGGCAUUGCUGGUGCGUCAUUUCGCCGACUCGGAAACAUGGUUCCUGCGGUCGAUACUAACGAGAAAAUACAGUCUACCAGACCUACAAGGAGCAGUAAGCUUGCGAUUCGGGGACAGGAUCUCAUGAUCGGUUAUUGA